UGCAAUGUAAAUUUAAUCCCGGCGAUUUGUUUAGUCACAAAUUCUAGUGUAAGCCACGAGCACGUAUCUGAGCCAUUUUUUUAAAUUCAAUUUGAAUAUGGAACAAGAUUCCGUUAAGCAAACUAAAAACAAAAGUAAAGAACGCAAAGAUAGUCGCGGCCGAAAUGAGUCAGACGCUCAGGAAGAAAUAAAAAAAUUCAAGGAGAAUUUACUGCAGUCUGUGGCUGACGGGGGGAUUAUUCUUGGUGAUAACUCUUUUGAGCUUUCGGUUCCUGAGCCGAGAGCUCGCUCCGGUUCGAAAGCCCGUGAAGCUUUGGAAGUUUCUGCCAAUAUAUUAGCGGAACUGGACGAGAAUAAAAUCUUCGAACUUAAGGAGGCAUUUCUCCUAUUCGAUAUGAAUGGUGACGGGUGCAUAGAUCACAACGACCUACGCGGGACUUUUAUCAGCUUAGGAGAAAAUGUAGAUGAACACGCCGUCAGCAAAAUGCUAUCUGAGGCCACAAAUCCAUUAGACUUCGACGCAUUCGUCAACCUACUCGGAUUCAAAACGCUUGAGCUUGAUUCAGAGGAAAUUCUAGUAACUGCUCUGUCUCGAUGGGACCCAGAUAACACUGGAUACAUACCAGAAGAAAGAAUUCGCCAUGAUUUAAUGACGUGGGGUGACCGUUUUACGGAAAAGGAAGCGGACUACGCUUUGGAUGAGGCUCCAAUGAAGCUGGACAAAAAUGGCUAUAAUUACAUAGACUACAAACAAUUUUGUAGAAAACUGUGUGGGCUUAAGAAAACUAAUAAACAAGUACUCGAAGUACAGAAUUGACUCCCUACUAACUUUAAUUGUACAACGUAAUCAUUAGAAGAACACAAUGAUGUUACAGAUAUGAUAUUCUUUACAUAUAUUAAAGUAUCUAAAGCUUA